AUGCGGCUGUUACUGGUCCUAUUCAUAUUGUUAAAUGGAACGGCAAGUUUAUAUGUUCAAAAAACAAUUGAAACAAAUUAUCCGAAAACCUUAAUGUUCACCGAUUUGAUGAAUAAGAAAAAAUCACCAAUAUUAGGACUGAGGCAAGAGACGCUAUUAAAUAGUCGAAUCGAUAGUGGCUUUGCCUUUCCAAAUAUUGAUAAAUUAUUAACCACCUUAAAGAUACCCGGAUACAACGUGUAUCUUUUAAAUUUCAAAAACUUCAAUACAAAGGAAACAAGACGAUACAGCGAAAAUAGCAACAUGAUGACUCAUUUAGAAAAUGAACUUGAAACUAAAAAGACAAAUUAUAACGCAUUUGUAAAUGAAAAAAAUAUCAAAAUUAUCAGGAAUAAUCUAACAGAGGUGCGUAAUGAAAACUAUGAUCCCUACCAAAGCUCGAUUAAUACUGAUUGUGAUGGAGGAGAUUCUUUGAACAUAGGGAAAUGCAUCGAACAAGCAACAACAACUGCAAGUGACAUUUUGAAUGAUACUACAACAAAUAGCGACUUUUUAAACGAGAACUCUACGACGACGUCAAGUUAUGAUGAUGAGACGGAUUAUGGCAGUUUAGCAGACAGAAUCGGUAUUUCCCCGGAACUACUGGCCUCAAUGGUAGGA